AAACCACAAGGUUCAUUGAUUACAGAAAGAUAAACUUCAAAAUUAUCUGUAGACAAGUGCAAAAUUUCCUGUGAUUUUCAACAAAAUUUGUUCCAAAUUUACAGGUUUGUUAGUUUAUCAACGAGGCUGUAAAAUAGCAUCUAUUACAGGAAGAUCCAUUUCAAAAUUUUCUUGGUUAAGUGAAAAAUUUUCAGUGAUUUUCAAAAAAUUUGUUUAAAAUUAGCAAGUUUGAUUGUCAAUGAGGCUUUAAAAUAAUGCCUAUAAGGGUUGAUCUGAAUGACAUUGAAACUUAUGUUUACGUAAAAGUGUCUGUUGGAAGUCCAUCUACUGGGAUAAAUGUUGAAGAGUUGAAAAUCGAACCAUACUCAUCAACCAACACCGAAGACUGUAAACAAAUAAAGGAAAUUAACAAAAAAUGUCGAGGAAAAACCAAAAAGUCCCGAAAAAAGUCGGGAUCCAUAUCAGCUAUGUCAGCAGUAGACACCUCUUCCUACGGACCUAUAGCCCAGAAGUAUCUACCCAAAAAGGGCGAUUUUCGGUUCGGAAUACACUUUGACAAAGUCAGCAAGAGCUACAAAAUCGGAAAGGUACCCAUGGUUAUCCAGAAGGAUGAUAUACUGGUGAAAUAUGAAGAUUAUGAACAGUUAUACAGGGGAACUGUUGGGUUAUGGAGGCUUCUAUCACAGGAUACGAGUUAUUUUCAUGAGGAUUUUUACUUUAAUGACGAGGAUUGGGUGGUUUACAUGGAGAUUUUAAUGAGGGCUAACCCUGCAGAUUGUGCUAAUCAAGGUGAAAAAUCUACUUGUAAAAUGGGAGCUCGAAAUGGAGGUGGGAGCCAAGAUAUAACACCAUAUUCUUAUCAAGGUGGAAACAACCAAGGAAUAAAUCCAUACUCCUAUCAAGGUGGGAAUCGAGGAGUUUCACCAUGUUCUUAUCAAGGUGGGAAUCAAGGAGUUUCACCAUGUUCUUAUCAAGGUGGGAAUCAAGGAGUUUCACCAUGUUCUUAUCAAGGUAGGAACCAAGGAGUUAUACCAUGUUCUUAUCAAGGUGGGAAUCAAGGAGUUUCACCAUGCUCUUAUCAAGGUAGGAACCAAGGAAUAUACCAAGCACUCAUCAAGGUGGGAAUCAAGGAGUUUCACCAUGUUCUUAUCAAGGUGGGAAUCAAGGAAUUAUAUCAUCCUCCUAUCAAGGUGGGAAUCAAGGAGUUUCACCAUGUUCUUAUCAAGGUGGAAAUCAAGGAGUUUCACCAUGUUCUUAUCAAGGUGGGAAUCAAGGAGUUUCUUCAUGCUCUUAUCAAGGUGGGAAUCAAGAAGUUAACCAUGUUCUUAUCAAGGUGGGAAUCAAGGGGUUUCACCAUGUUCUUAUCAAGGUAGGAACCAAGGAGUUACACCAUGUUCUUAUCAAGGUGGGAAUCAAGGAGUUUCACCAUGUUCUUAUCAAUCUGGGAACCAAGAAAGUAUCUAUGGUAAUGGAGCGUCCUCUCCUUGUCAUGGACAAGGAAAUACAGGAGUAUCUACUCACAAUUAUAGAGCUGGAAACCCAGGAAUAUCUGCAUAUAACUAUGGAAAUAGUGUUCCCCCGUCUUGUUAUGGAAGAGGAAAUAAUGGAGUCACCCCUUACAGUUAUAGGAAUGGAAAUAAGGGUGCAGCCCCCUACUGUCAAGAAGGUGCUUAUAGAGGGAUGUCAGCUUACAGUUGCCAAGGUGGUAAUACAGGAGGAUAUUAUGGAGGUGCUGCUAAAGGAGCAUCAGUUUACAGUCACCAAGGUGGUAAUACAGGGGGAUAUUGUGGAGGUGCUGAUAAAGGUAUUUCAGUUUACAGUUACCAAGGUGGUAAUACAGGACCAUAUUAUGGAGGUGCUGCUAAAGGAGUCUCAGCUUACAGUCACCAAGGUGGUAAUACAGGGGAAUAUUAUGGAGGUGCUGCUAAAGGACCAUCAGUCUACAGUCACCAACUUGGUAAUAUAGGGGGAUAUUAUGGAGGUGCUGAUAAAGGUAUUUCAGUUUACAGCUACCAAGGUUGUAAUACAGGGCCAGCUCCUAACUGUGAGAAUAAUGGUAUCACAUCUUAUAAUUUUGGAGGAAAAGUGCCAGAUAAAGGACCAUACCAUGAUGAUGGGAUGAAUCAUCAGAUUUCACCCUACCACUAUCAAGGUGGGAAUAGGAGAAAUGCAACAUACAGCUAUGGAGGUUGUAA